AUGUGUAUUUUCAGUGAUGAAACUGUUAUGCAUUCCGACGAUGCACUACCAACAACCUCUGUAACUCAUAAUGUACGAUCUCCAGUCGAUGUCGUUUUCAUGCCUUCUGACUUGAGCAGCUACCGAAAUAGAAUUGAUGCAAGUGUUGAUGAACAGCGGAAAUAUCGUCAAGUUCUAGCGGGUUUGAGCAACAAGGUGAAGAAAUAUCGAAAGCAUACCGCAAAAUCGGUAGCUCAGCUGAAUGCUUCACAGGUUUCAGAUGUUGAUACCAUUGGUGAUAUAUUUCAGGUCAUGUCACAUUCACCCGAGAUGCUACGUAUUGGACCUGAUGGACUAAGCGCAAAUCCGCUGUUAUCUUCCUCUUUCACUGACACUGGUUUUAAAACAGAAUUGCCUGAUAGUUCCACUGAUAUAAUCAUUCAACAAUUACGUGAUGAACAAAUAAGGAAUGAUAAACUGGAAGAUUUAAAUGAUAUAUAUAGGGAACAAGCAGAAGUUAUUAUACGUACAAAUCAAAAUUUGAAAGACGAGCUGCUAAAAACUCAGGAAAAAUUGAUGAAAAUAACACAUGAAAGAGAAAUGGAACGAUGCUUUUUACGGCAACACGAUGAAAAAAAGAAGCGUGCAGUGGAUGCCCAAUACCAGCAUAUGCUCGAAUUGUGGGUAGUUUUUAACAGACUUCGACGACAGGUAAGAGAUUUGAGAACGGAAACUGAAAGUGAUUUGGAUAAACAACGGACCGAAUUCGUACGCUGUGCAAAUAAUAUGGAAGCACUUGUUCGUCAAGCCGAGAUGAAGCGGAAACAUGUUGCACUGGAAGAAACAAAAGAUGAAGAAACGAUGAAUGAUUUAUUGAAAAAAUAUGAAGAUGUAGCUGUUCGCAAUAUUAAGCUAGAGCACGAACUGAAUGACUCUAAUCGCCGGAUUGCUGUCAUGGAAGAUCUCGUUAAGAAAGCUAAUGAAGAAUGUGAUGUUGCAAAAGAUUCGUUGAAGAAAAUUCAUUUAAUACCGGAACUAGAUGAAAUGCGCGGCCGACGAGCUCGUUCUGUUAGUCCAGACGGUUUCUUAGUCUAUUUUAAUACGAUUCGUUUGGUGCGUGCUGCACUACAAGAGAAAAACAACAAAAUUAAAGAUUAUGAAAGGAAGUGUAACGAAUACCAAGACAAACUAUCUGAGCGUGAAAGUCGAUUAAGCCACAUGGAAGAAUUACGGCGAAAAAGCGAUGAAGAAUUUGUCGAUCUUAAGAAAGAGAAUGAUAAAAUACGACGAGAUAAAGAAGAAGUUGAACGAAAAUUUCGACGCUUGAAUGAACGAUUUGAACGCUUAGAUACUGAGAAAAAUGAGACGCAAAAAGCAAUUGAACAACUUCAGAAUGAAAUUCACUCACUUAAUAUCAACCACCAGGAAACGUUAAAUGAUAUGUUCAUAAAGCAGCAAGAAGAACUUGCUGAGCGUCGAAAAUAUUUUGAAGAUGAACUGGAAGAAUGCCAUAUGGACAACACCCAGAGACUCGUGGUCUUAAAGAAUGACCUCGAGAAGUGCAGAAAUGAAGUAGAAGAACUUCGGGAUCAACUUCGAAAUGCUCAAGCUGAUUGUAUAGCAGAGCGUCGUCGAAUAGCCGAAAAAGAAAAUGUCAUUCUCGAGCAUCAGUUAGCAUUACGAAAUUCACGCGAUGAAAACAGAGAUAUUAGGAUUGCAAAUGAUGCGAAAGAUGUACGUUUGGUAGAAUUGCAGCGUCGUAUGGACAGUUUGGAAUUGGAAGCGAAACAGAAGGAAGAUAGUUUGAUCGAAAUUCGAAAUGAAAAGUCAAUUUUGGUAGCUGAAAAUGCUUCACUGUUGGCAGAUAUCAAUGCAUUACGCGCAAAUAUAACGGAAAAUAAGAAUAUAAUGGGACAAAAUGAGGAAGCUUUGGAAAAUGCUACCACAAAAAUUUCUGAAAUUACGAGGCAGUUGAAAGAUCGUGACCAGAAAAUUUUGUUACUGGAGAAAACAGUGGCUGACUAUGAACUUAGAAUUGAUUUGAUAAAUGAACAAAUUCUUAAUACUAAGGUGGAGAAGACGAUGAGAAAGGAAGAAUUGGAACAAAAUGCUGAAAAAAUUAUUGCGCUCAAUCAAGAAAAAGUGAAACUCUUGAAAGAACGUUCAGAUUUGGAAGAUGAGCUUGGUCGGAUGUCUAAUAUCACGGUUGAACUGGAGAAAAAGAUUACAGAUCUAGAAAAAUGCAUUGAAAAUCAUAUUGCCCAGGGAGCAAUCCUCAAUGAUGUUUUGGAACAAUACAAACUGAGAGAGCGGGAAACAUCACAGGCAUUAGCUGAUUCACAAUUUGAAAUAACCCGACUGAUCGAAAUCAAUAAUAGAAUUAAAUCAGAGCAUGAUGAUGAGUUAAAACGUGUGUGCAAUGAAUAUAAAGAAACAGAGAAGAAAUUUAUCAUCCAAAAGAAAACGGAAAUGGAGAGUUACAAUGAUACAAUAUUUGCCUUGCAUAAAAAUAAGCAAAACUUGGAGAAAUCAUUAACUGAAAGCGAAGAAAAAAUGAAAGGACUUUCUUUGCGGUAUGAAAAUGUAACGUUUGAAAAGGAAAAUUUGCUUACUCAGUUGGAUGAAGAAAAAAGACGAUACGAGAAAGAAACGAUUUCAUUGCGACAACAACUGGAUGCUAUUAAAAAACAAUAUGUUGAAGAAAUUGCUGAGUGGGAAAAAAUCCAUGCUGAGAAAGACAGUUCAUACAAUUUGAAAGUGUCGAAAAUGGAGGCUAAUAUAAAAGCGUUGAAUGAUAAACUCCAACGAAGUGAAGAAGUGGAAUCCAGUCUGAGGCGUAAAAUGGUGGAUUUAAAUUUGCUUAUUGAUCGCGAAAAAGAUACUGUCAAAUUGACGCAGUCUGAAAUAACCAAAAAAAACGAAGAAAUGAAGUUGGAACUAGAGAAAUUUGAUCAGGAACGUCAGAUGUGGAAUGAAAAAAUAAAACUGAAAAAUGAGGAACUUAUGAAAGCACGUUGCAAUAUUGAAAGUUUACAAACAAAAUGUUUGGGAUUGGAAAAGACGCUUCAGUUUGUUGAAAGCCGCUUAGAUAAAAAAACACAAAAUUUAUCGACGACUGAAAAUGAGUUGAAACAAAUAGAAGAUAGAAUUGCAUCACGCAUGAAUGAAGAAGCUAUCCUCAAAAAUAACCUUGCGGAAAAUGAGCGAGAAAAGAAUGAUCUAAAAACAGAACGAGAUAAAUUGAAAGCUUCAUUGCGAGAAACCUGCACUCAACUUGAAGAAAUGAAAAGUAAUGAAGAGAUUUUACGAAAAGAGAUUGCAAUGAUGGAAAGCAAAUUGCGGGAUGAGGAAAAACGAGCACAAAAAUUAUCAAAUGACUUGAAACAGUUGGAGAAUGAGAAUAAGGAUCUUGAAGUGGUAUUAUCAGAGAAAACGAGCGAUUUAUCAACCUUGACAGUUCUGUUUAAACAAUCUGAGAACAUGCAAAAGCAAACGAUAGAGGAAUUGGAAAAGGAAAAACAAAAGAACUGUAAAACUGAAGAAAUAAUAGCAGCUUUGCAAGCUGAAAAUGGAAAGCUAACAUGUGAUCUAACCAAUAUUCGUAAUGUUUUGGAGCAAAAAAUAGCAACAAAUCAACGAGUAAUAGAUGAUAUGAUAGGGAAUUAUAAGGCUGCGGAAAAAGGUCGCAUUGAGGCCAUACGUCAAAAGGAAAGUAUUGUUGACGAAUUGAGUAAUUUGAAAAAUCUAUUGGCUGCUGAAGAUGCGAAACGAAUAAACAUUGAACAAAAGUUAGCAGAAUCUGAAACGUUGCGAAAAGAGCUGGUGAAAAAGGUGGUACAUUUUGAAAAUAGCGCUAGAAAAGCAUUGAGUUUUACAAAAGCUCGUAAGCUGUCGCAGUUUCGAUCAUGUGUUUUGGAAAUGGAUGGAAAAAUAAGUCAAGAUGUUUCUCAAUCAGGUAAUGGUUCUCUACGUCGUAGCAGUUCAGUAUCUCCUUCUCCUCACGUACGUUUUGAUUUAAAUUCUGAUGCCGAAUCGAUUAGUCCCGAAAGCUUAAAUAUAAGUUCAUCUGUUGAAAUAACAUUUCGACACUUGAAGGAUCGCAUUGACGAGCUUGAACAAGCCAGGGCUAAUGAAUCAACCACAUUUAUUCGUUUGAAAGCUGAUAGAGAACGAGUGUUAGAUGAGAACAGGAAGUAUCUAGAUAAAAUUCAUUUGUUGGAACGAAAAUUAAUCGAGCUCGAAGAAGAUAAACGGCACUUGGAAUCACGUCUUUCAAGUUCACGGCAGAUGUUGGUAUCACAGGAAGAAAGUCUUCGUGCCAAAGAAACUGAACGAAAAGCAUUGAAAACUCGCGUAAUGAGCGCUGAUCUUCAUGUUCGUGAUAAAGAAGCUCGUCUUACUUCUUUAAAUGAACAGGUAACAGCUUUGAAAAGCAAAAUAUCAGCAAUGGAAAAUGAUCACAAAAAAAUGGAGGAAUCCCGAAUGAUGUGGGAAGAAGAACGAUUGUUAUAUGAGUCGGCUUGUAAAGAUGCGGAGAAGAAGGUGGAGCAGUACUGGGCAGAUAUGAAAUCAGUAAUUUCGACAAAAGAAAACCUGGAAGAACGUUUGAAUGAGACGGAACAAUUGCUUUCAAAAACACGACAACAAUGUGGUGAAUUGGAAAAAGCGAACAGGGAAUAUAGAAAUAUGUUUAAACAAGGAAAGGCAGAUGAAGGAUUGGGGGAAGAUCGACGAAAUCAGGAGGAUCAUGCAAAGAUCGGUGACUCGGAUUUAUUGUCAAAAUUAAGUAUAUUACAGCAUGAAUAUGACAGCUGUCUGCUUCGGUUACAAGCGAGUGACUUAGGAAGACAGUCUCUUAAAAAUGACCUGAAUGAAGCAAGAAAUCGGCAAAAAGAGACAUCUCACAGAAUUGCCAACAUGCAACAUAAACUGGAAGAGAUUCUUGAGGAAAAGAACCGUUUGCAGCAGCGUCUUUAUAUCAUGGAAAAGCGAGAGAAAGAUGAUCAAGCGAUAGGAAAAGAUAUACACAAGGAGUUGGAAAAAUUGCGAGCUGAGAAAAUUGUACUUCUUGCGGAGAAUGAAGAAUUGAAAAGACGUUUAAGCAGAGUUGAGGUGGAGCAUCGGGAAUUUGAUGCUUGUCGUGCACGUCUUGAAAGAGAACGUUUGGCCUUGAAGCGAAACAUUGAAACGUUAGAAGUGGAAAAACAAAGGACUGAUGCAGCAAUGCGUCAAAUAACAUCAGAACGUCAGGCACUGGACAAAUCGUUAACAACAAUGGAAAAGGAGAAUAUGGAAUUAUACAGGAAUUGCACACAGCUGCAAAAUCAGGUUGUUCAAUUAGAAAAAGAAAACAGUUCACAUUUGGUUAAAGAAUCUGCAACACAGUUAAGAGCAUUGGAAAAUAAGCUGAUACAAGCUCAGCGUGAAAGGCAACAAAUUGAACAACUUCUUGAGCAGCGAGAAUUAGCAUAUGCACAGAAGAUUAAGCUGUUCGAGUCAAAAAUAGUAGUACUUAAAGAGCAAUUGGAUACGGAGCGGAAAAGGCGGUUGGAGGUCAUGGAACGAACAGCGGUUGUUCAGCGAAAUCAACUAGAAUUAAGGUCAGACUUGGAUGAUUCUGUUUCAUCAGUACACCGGCUUUCACUUCACCUUCCAGAACGUUACGAGCUACCUACUGAAGCACGAAUUCGAGCACAUAGUUUUAGCAAUAACUCUUUCACAUACUGA